AAAUCGUCUUUCAUCCAAUAUCAAAGUACAGGUGCGGAUGAACACUUGCUGUGCUUCUGUCGACUUGACCAAAGCUUCUCUGCCCACCCAAAUUCCCAUGGCUACCGUCAAGAAGACGGUUCGCGUCGCGGCUGUUCAGAUGACAUCCGUGAAUGAUCUGAUGGCUAAUUUCAGAACCUGCUCUCGCCUCGUCCAAGAAGCAGCAUUGGCUGGUGCUAAGCUGAUUUGCUUCCCUGAGAACUUCUCCUAUAUGGGCGAGAAAUCAGGAGACAGCGUGAAAAUCGCUGAAUCAUUAGACGGGCCAGUGAUGCAACGGUAUUGCUCUCUCGCCAGGGAUUCAAAUAUAUGGUUGUCUCUUGGAGGCUUCCAAGAAAGAUUUGAUGAUACCCAUUUGUAUAAUACACAUGUUGUGAUCGAUGAUACUGGGAUGAUCCAAAGCACUUAUCAGAAAAUGCAUUUGUUUGAUGUUGAUGUUCCUGGUGGAAGCUCAUACAAAGAAAGCAACUUUACGGUUCCAGGGACGAAUAUUGUUUCCGUAGACAGUCCCAUUGGGCGCUUAGGCCUUACUGUAUGCUACGAUUUGAGGUUUCCUAAGAUUUAUCAGCAACUGAGGUUCGACCAGAAAGCUCAGGUUAUACUAGUACCGUCAGCUUUCACCACGGUCACUGGGGAGGCACACUGGGAGAUUCUUCUCCGAGCCCGAGCUAUUGAAACACAGUGUUAUGUAAUAGCUGCUUCUCAAGCUGGAAAACAUAAUGAGAAAAGAGAGAGUUAUGGGGACACACUGAUCAUUGACCCAUGGGGAUCUGUGGUUGGAAGAUUACCUGAUCGUUUUUCGACUGGCAUUACCGUGGCAGAUAUUGAUUUUUCGCUGCUCGAGUCAGUGAGAACUAAAAUGCCAAUUGAUAAGCAACGGGUCUCCAUAGAUCUCUGAUUAACCCUGAUAGGCCUACAUAAAGAGACAUUCUGUAAGGAAAGAAGAUCAAGAAGAGCACAGAGAUGAGGUCAUGAAUGUUGUCUAGUCACAAAAAGAUUGUUUGAGGUCUACAUGCAUAAGUAUUGUGAGUAGAAUAGAAGGAGAAUAAAAUUGAGAUUGGCUUCGAUGAGUUUGGAUUAAUUGCUCUUACACAAGAGGGUUCUUUAUCCACCAAUGUCCAUGAAAUUCAAGA